AUUGAAAAAGGCACUACAAGGACAAUGAACUGUAGACAAAGGGACGCCGUGCGGAUAGCACUAUGUCACAGAGUAAAAACGAUGCAACAGGUCCUAUGGUUAACGGUGUAGAAUAAGCUGGUUGUGGAGUUGUCUAUACGAACUUUGCCCUGGCAGGCAAAGCUAAUCGACAGCUGGACAUUAUACGCGGUAGAAGUAUGCUUCCAGCUGCAUUAGUACCCAAGACCACCCUGCCGGCGACUCCGAAGUGUUGCGGUCCCAUUGUUAUAAAUUUCAUCGGCGGCGCCAAUACACAUAACGGAAGCUAUAGCUAACCCGCAGGCUGAUUCUACAGUGCCGUUUCGCCUGUACGUCCGAUAAUCUUUACAAGCUACUUAGCGAUUAUCCGUGUAAAGAAAGAUACUAAACGGCAGUAAUCACGAGGGGUGACUGCAUGUUGGAAUGUAAUUUGUUACGUAUCGCUUUACGAAAGGGUAGCGCGCGUAACGGAACUGUGCAAUAGACCUGAACCACUGCGCGCGCUCGGCCAUGAAUGCUAACAAAAUAGGACUUACCAGCACACCAUACAAGCGUUAUAUGGUCAUGAACCGAGUCGAUUGUUGAUGAUUUCUGUUAGUACUGCAAGUAAAAUUAAAUCACCGUCCAAAGACCAAAACCCAUAAAAAAAAAUAACCAAAACAUACCAAAAUCUUCUAGCUUCAAAGCUCCCCUUUCGUGCGACGGUUAUUUCAUGGGAAUGAUUUGGCUGGAAAACACACUGCUACAGGACAAUGUGGAAUUAGCUGAUGUGGAACAAAGUGAUGACGGGCAAAAUAUUGUUUCAACGUACUUUAUAUUGUGACUCUUUCGUAGAAUCUUUGUUCAGUACUUUUUGGAGAGACGUAAAUGACUCCCGAUCCUAAGGACGGUAUACGUUCGGUGGACAGAACAACAAAUUGCAGGAAGCAACUAGUUGGAAGUAAUGAAGCAGCAGACGCGUAUUCUGUGCGUUCAACUAACCCAACAGAACAGGAUGAAUCGUCGUCGCCUCCUUCUCGAUCACGGCAGGCUGUUGUACAUUUUCCAUCACGUCCUGGUUUCGAAGAACAAAAAAGCUUUUGUAAAUUCGGCAUCGACCAGCCACUUGUGUUGGACUUCGUGCGAAAGGACGGACUCAGCCACAGCUGCUCCUGUCCGAGCGCCAUGGAUCGGACGGCGUUCACUAUUUCCAAUAAUGGUCCUGCGGCAAAGUUUGCCACCUUGGGAUCACCUUCGCAAGCGGGCUCACGCAGAGCCUCGUUGAUCUCAGAGGAGGAUAUAUUAAAACAGCGCUUAAUUCAAAAACAAUUUCGACAUUUCUUUCAAAAUUCAAGAUCCCGUAGGCAGUCCCUUAAGGCAAACGACCAGGCGCUUGUCGACCUACGAGAGUGGCAGCAGAAUCGCGGUGCGCAAUCCAAGUAUCGCUUUAUGAUACAUCCGCAGGGAAAAUUUAGGAUGCGCUGGGAGUUGGUGAUUGUCGUCCUUUCUGUAAUUAAUUGCCUUAUAAUACCUAUUAGCGUCGCGUAUUUUCGGCAUUUUGAACCGCUUUCCGUUAUGAUCUUCAAUCUUCUGUCAGAUAUAGUUUUCUGUAUUGACAUCGGGCUCAACUUCAUCACAGGCUAUGAAGACAAAGAAAACGUCCACUCGAUGGUUACUAUGGACCCGAUCAAAGUCCGGAAUCAUUAUUUGGCUGGAUGGUUCAUGGUCGAUUUCAUCAGUAGCUGCCCUGUCGACAAUUUAAUUCUUCCUUUUAUUCACUUAAACAGUACUGACAAACAUCUAUCCUCGUCGCGAACAGUAUAUAUCGCUAAGUUCUUAGCACUAUUACGGCUCCUUCGCAUAUGCCGACUGGUCCGCUAUCUGUCGCGGUGCCAGGAGUCGUUUUAUACAUCCUCUUCCUGGAUCUAUAUUCGUAUUUUGAACCUAUCACUACUAAUGCUGCUCGUUGCCCACUGGAAUGCCUGUCUGCAGUUUCUUGUCAAUUUCUGUCUCGGUUUCCCUGACCGAUGCUGGAUAGCACAAUCCAACCUUCAGGAUGCAGAGUGGUUUGAACAAUGGUGCUGGUCGCUAUUUAACUCAGUGUCCCAGAUGUUCUCCAUUUCAUAUGGAAGGGUGACACCAGAUACGCUUGUUGAUGUAUGGUUUACAAUGGUUGGGAUGCUCACCGGAGCAUCUGUGUACGCAUUGAUUCUCGCUAACAUUGCAACAAUGUGGCAACAUGCAGACGUAUCACGCAAACUGCACCGACACAAGAUGCGCGAAGUCGAGGACUACAUGUCGUUUCGUCGAUUUCCUCGAGAGUUGCGAACGCGUGUGCGAGAUUAUUUCGAACGAAGGUAUCGCGGUCAUGUGUUUAAUGAAGAUGAUAUUCUUGAGUCGAUGUCAGAUCCACUUCGAGAGAGCGUCAUGCUACACAACUGCCAUGCUACAAUCAGAAUGGUCCCGUUCUUUGCCACCGCCGAGCCUGCCUUUAUCAAUGAACUUGUCACCAAGCUCCGUUUCGAUUUUUACCAACCAGAAGAUGUCAUCGUCAGUGAAGGGACAAUUGGCACCAAAAUGUUUUUCCUUCAGACGGGGAAAGUAAGCGUGCUCAAUCAGGACGGGCGAUCAUUAGCAACACUUGAGGAUGGCUCGUACUUCGGCGAGUUGUGUCUUCUGAUUCAGUGUAAGAGAAACGCCAUUGUAAAAGCUAAAACGCACUGCAGUAUCUUCACACUCGGGUACGAGGAGUUCCAUGAGGUUCUUAGUCGUUUCCCACUGAUUCGUUCGGCUCUCGAGACACUCACAAAUGAUAUCCUGGAGACGCGCGAGCGUACCAUGUCUGCCAUUCAGGAUAACGAUGAAACGGUAGCUUCAUGGAGCGAAUUUGCGGCAAGAGCGUCAAAGGAAGAUCUUAGAAGGGUAGAAAUUGACAAAAUGUGUUCAGAUCAUUUUAAAGGAUCUUGAAUAAAAAUUUGACUUUUAAGGAAGACCUAGACAUGGAAAUCUACUAUGAGAAAGGAAAUGCGGCGCACUUAUAUAGGCUACCACAAACAGUUGUAUAUUAUACUAAUUCAAAACGCAAAUUCUGAAUGUCCUAAUAGAUCAAGUUAAAUAAAACGUACGGU